UUCUGUCAUAUCAGGGAACCAAUGUUAUAUCUUCCACGUUUCCGGUUAUUUCACGAAACCAGAUUGUGCAACUUUUAAGGCGAAAAUGCCUCCAAAGGCAAAAAAGCCAGGUGAACCUUCUAAAAAGACCGAGCAGAAAAAGAAGGAAAAAAUAAUAGAAGAUAAAACAUUUGGGUUGAAAAAUAAAAAGGGUUCCAAGCAACAGAAAUUUAUCAAGACUGUUACACACCAAGUAAAAAAUUCAAAUCAGAAAGUUCGGAUCGAUGACCUCAACAAGCCGGUGGAUGCUAAGAAGAAAAAAGCUGAAGAGCUGGAUGAUCUGAACAAACUGUUCAGGCCAGUUCAACAGGCUGUCGGCAAAGGCGUGGACCCGAAAUCAGUUAUAUGCGCGUUUUUCAAGCAAGGCCAGUGUUCAAAGGGAGAGAAGUGUAAAUUCUCUCAUGACCUCAACAUUCAGCGCAAGGGAGAGAAGCGGAAUCUGUAUGAGGACGUCAGGGAAGAUGAUGAUAAGAUGGAAAACUGGGAUGAACAGAAGUUGGAAGAAGUGGUCAACCAGAAGCACGGCGAGUCAGAGAAAGCAAAGCCCAAAACUUCAAUUAUCUGCAAGUUUUUCCUGGAAGCUGUUGAGAUGUGCAAGUACGGUUGGUUCUGGUCAUGUCCCAACGGAGGCGACGCCUGCAUGUACCGACACGCCCUGCCACCAGGUUUUGUGUUAAAGAAAGAUCAGAAGAAAGAUGAAAAGGACGAUAAAAUCUCUAUAGAAGAGCUCGUGGAAAAAGAGAGAGCGGCAUUAGGAUCUAAUACAACAAAAGUUACACUGGAAUCUUUUUUGAAAUGGAAGGAUAGGAAGCGGAAAGAGAAGAUAAAGAUAUUGAUGAAAGAUCAGGAUAAGAAGAAGAAUGAUUUCAAACAAGGGAAAGUGCUGGGAAUCAGCGGAAGAGAAAUGUUUGAGUUCAACCCUGACCUGAUUGCUGGGGACGAUGAAGAGGCGGGCGACGAUGCCUUGCUACGUGAAUAUGAUGAUGAUGAUGACGAUGCGGAAGUUGUUGUUAAAGACAUCAACCUGUCCAUGUUUGUCCCCACGGAAAGGGAUGAUACGGGUACAAAGGCAGAGGAAGACAGGUUUGAGAAGGCUCGUAGAGUUCAGGAGUCCAGGAUGGCAACUGAACACAUGGUGAACGGCAAUGAAGUUGGGCAUGACGGUGAUGAAAAUAAACUCGACCAUGCAGGGGCAAUAGGGGCAGAAGGGGGAGGGGAGCCAAAUGACACUGACGUUGCUAUAGCGAUGGCAAUGGCCGCAACAAAACAUUCGGAUGAUAACAUUGAAAUUGAUGAGGAUUUAUUUGAUGGGGAAGAUCUAGAUUUAGUGGAAGAAGACCUGGAAACAUUGGAUCUGGAGGACUGACGUGCUUGCUUAAAGUGUUCCUGCUUAGAUUUUUCAUUCACCUUGUUAAUUGAAUGUGUGAAAGUGGCUCAUUUAAUGUACUAUUGUAUAUAAUCUGCAUUGAAGUUUUUGUGGAAGAUGUUAGUUUUUUCCCAGAAUAAGUUUAAAUUGUGGUUCAGGGCUGGAUAUUAUACCGGUAACUUGCAAGAAAUGUGUGUCGUUGGUUAAACACUGCUAAUUUAUUGGUACCUUCAAGUGGAGGAAAUAAAUUGAUUUUAAAGGAA